AUGUUGAGAUUAUUUGUAACAAGCGGUACAGGAGAACCAUUGACUGGUUUCUGUGUAUAUUUCCUAAGAUCAAGAACGGAUGUCGUCCUUACCAUGAGAAACAUCCAAGAGGAGGUACAGUUUGGAUAUCUAGACCCCUCUAAUCAAGGAGGUUUAUUAGCUGUAUUUGAACAAGUACUAUCUAAAGUUUAUCAGCCUGCAUUAGAAAGUCAGACAGAAUGGGGUGAAAUGGAUAAAACACCAGAGGGAAGGAAGAAAAAAGCUCAGUUUAAAGAUUUAGAAGAGAAUUUUAUUGCAUAUCUCAAAAGUGCACAAGCCCAUGUUAAAGAAGGUAUAAGCCUAGUAGAUUGUGAAGGUGAUAAGGUAGAUUUUGGAGGUAUUAAAACUGUGAGUGAUUGUGUCCAAGUUGCCAGUAAUCCUGAAAUAGUGGCCAUGAUGGAAGAACUGACAUCAAACUGGUGUAAACAGAUAGAACAGAUUCUGGCUGAAAGUGAUCAAAUGAGGAAAGAAGCAGAUGAUACUGGACCCAUGGCAGAAUUAGAACAUUGGCGCCAACUUACAGCCAGAUUUAACGCCUUGCUGGAACAGAUCAAAUCUCAUAAAUGUCGUAUGACUAUUAAUAUAAUCAAUAUAGCUAAAUGUAAGAUAUUAAAGAAAUGGAAAGAAUUAGAUAAACGUAUAACAGAUAAUGCUAAUGAAGCUAAAGAUAAUGUGAAAUAUCUAUAUACUCUAGAGAAAUACUGUGAACCACUAUAUAGAUGUGAUCCUGUAUCAAUGAUAGAUUGUUUAGCUGGAUUAAUUAAUGCUAUAAGAAUGAUACAUAGUAUAUCUAGGUAUUAUAAUACCUCUGAGAGAAUGACAUCAUUAUUUAUAAAGGUCACCAAUCAAAUGGUAACGGCCUGUAAGAAUUAUAUCACUGAAGAAGGGAUGUACAGAGUUUGGGAUCAGGACAGAGCUGAAGUUAUUGAAAAAUUACAGAAUUGUAUUAAACUUUAUAGAACAUAUCAACAAGUAUUUCAACGUACAAAACAGAAAAUUGAAGAAACACCAGGAGAAAAGCCAUUUGAAUUCUCUGAAAUGUACAUCUUUGGAAAGUUUGAAACAUUCUGUAAGAGAAUUGAUAAGAUAAUGCGACUAUUGCAAAACAUCGAUACAUUUCACCCUUUAACAGAAUCUAAAAUAGAAGGUAUUGAACCAUUUGCUGCUCGAUUUCAACAAGUAUGUUCAAGUGUGAAGAAGAAGCCAUAUGAUGUUUUGGAUCAAAGAAAAGUUGAUUUUGAUAAUGAUUUUGAAGAUUUCUGUCGUCAACUUGCAGAACUUGAGAAUAAUCUUCAAAUAUUUAUGGAUGCUAGUUUCAAGAAAAUGACCACAACUGUUAAUUCUUUAAAUUUGUUGACCAGAUUUGAGAAACUAAAUAUUAGCAAGUUAAAUAUCGAAGGGAAAUAUGCUAAUAUUUUGACACAGUAUGGUGAAGAAAUAGAAAACAUUAAAAAGAUGUAUCAUAAAUUUAGAGAAGAUCCACAAAUACCUAGAAAUAUGCCUCCUGUAUCUGGUAAAGUAACAUGGGCUAGACAGUUAUCAGAGAGAGUAAUUGAACCUAUGGACAUCUUUCGGCAACAUCCUAAAUGUCUUGCUACUGAUGAAGCUAAGAAGAUUAUACGUAAUUAUAAUAAAGUAGCUAAGAUAUUGGUGGAAUAUGAGAUGUUAUAUCAUUCAGCAUGGUUAAAAUCAGUUGAUAUAGCUGUUGAAUUUCUACAAGUACCAGUAUUAUGCCGUCAUCCCACUUCUAAGGAAUUGCUAGUGAAUUUUGAUCCAUAUAUAUUUGAAACAUUGAAAGAAUGUGAAUAUAUGGUCAAAUUAAAUCUGGAUGUUCCAGAAGCAGCUAAAAUUCUUUUCCAUUCUCAAGCUACUUUAAAACAAAACAUCAGUUCACUACAGGUACUGUUGGAUGAGAAUAGUAAAAUAAGAGGCAAUAUACCACCUAUCUAUAUGGUAUUAUUGGGUCCUGUUAUUCGCAAGGCAGAUGAAGCUAUAAGACCAGGCUUAGUUAGUCAUACAUGGACAUCAUUGAGUUUACCAACUUUUUUUGAUCAAGUGCAACAAUCUCUUGUGGAACUUCAGAUUAUUGUUAAACAGGUGAAUGACAUCUCAUCAACACGUAUUGAUAAUGUUCUUGUUGAAAUUGAAGAAAGUUUAUUGUGUGACUUGCCCGAUUCGGUACCAUGGUCAGUUGCAGAAUUCUUAAAGAAUACAGAGAAAUACUGUGAAGUUGUAGCAACAGAUAUUAAUAAAAUGAGUAAAACAAUAUAUGAUGCUAUUAUGGAAUUAAACAGAAUAUUUAAACAUAGUGUUAAAACUGAACGAGAAAUGAAGACUACUAAACCUGUAGUUGCUGAAAGUGAUUUGAUAUUUGCAUCAGUAGCUAGUAGUACAGGUAAAUCAGAUAGUGAUGGAAGACUGAAAGAUGAAGAUUAUGAAUUGUCCAUUGAAGAACAGAUGGAAGUAGCAUCAAAAGAACUAAUGGAUCAUUUUAACCAUAAAUUACAAGAUGCUUUGUUGAAGGCUUCGAGACAUUCGUUAGACGCCAUGAGAAAACGAUUCCUUGGUUAUGAAGAGAGUGGUUCCCAUAACGAUAGUAGAACACCGCCAUUUUUUAUUGCCGAUAUAACUCUAGUUAUACCUCAAGUAGUAAUGAAACCUAGCUUAGAUGAUAUCCAACAAGCUUUAAAUAGAUCCAUUCAGUUUGUUCUUGAUGUUAGUAAAGGAGUAGCACCUUGGUAUACCUAUCAAAAUGGGGAAACUGUAUCUAUAAGAGGAAUUUUGCAGGUUUUGAUAUUCCACAAUAUUCAAUUCAUCAUAUUUUCUAUGAUUUCAGUGACAGCAUCACGUAUUGAGAAGUUUAAUUAUUAUAAAUAUAUAUUAGAUAAUAAAGAUAUUGCUAAGUAUACUAUGUUAUUGUCGACUGCAGCCUCUACUCUCAAACCUGAUGUAUCAGAUGCUUUACAACGCUAUAAUGAAUUUUCUUUUCUCUGGCAACAAGAUAGAGAAGAGUCAAUCCAGGAAUUUCUGGCUACAGAUCCUAUUAUAUCAGAAUAUAAAUCUAAAGUUGCUGUAUUUAAGAAAUUAGAAGAUUCUAUAGAUGAUGUUAAAAAUAGUGAUAUUGUUGGACCUAUAGAACUAUUUACUGAACCAUUGAAGUUGGCACUACGUGUUGAAAUCAAGGCCUGGAAGUUAUUAUAUGGUAAAGAAUUAAACAGGAAGUAUCAUACAGAUAUGGAAGAAAUUCUAAGCUUUGUAGAUGAUUGUAGUAAACGUCUAUCAAGACCUAUUAGAGAUCUAGAAGAUGUCAGACAAGCUAUGUCUGGUUUAGCAGAAGUCAGAGAAAAUCAUAUUAAAAUUGACAUGGCUUUAGCUCCUAUUGAGGAAUCCUACAGUUUAUUACAAGAUUUUGAAGUAACAGUUGAUAAAGAAGAAGUUGAUAAGGUUGAUUCACUCAGAUACUCUUUCCAAAAACUCUGUCAUGUCUCUGGCCAAGUCCAAGGUGAACUAGUACGAGUACAACCAUUGUUUAAAGAGGAAUUAUUAACAUCAGUUGAAGAAUUUCAAGGAAGUCAAGAAUCAUUCACUGAGAGAUAUGAUUUGGAAGGACCAAUGUGUCCAGGUAUUUCACCACAAGAGGCUAAUGAUCGACUGCAGAUAUUUCAGAGUCAAUUUGAUGAGCUAUGGAACAAGUAUACCAUCUAUUCUGCUGGUGAACAGUUAUUUGGUUUAGUGGUAACAGAAUAUCCCAAUCUAGUGAAAAUUAAGAAAGAAUUAGGAUUACUACAGAAACUGUAUGGUUUAUAUAACAGUGUCAUGACAGUUAUUUCUGGAUAUUUUGAAAUCUUGUGGACUGAGGUGGACAUUGAGAAAAUCAAUACAGAAUUAUUGGAUUUACAAAACAGAUGUCGAAAGUUACCCAAAGCUCUAAAAGAAUGGCAAGCUUAUAAUGAUUUAAAGAAGAAGAUUGAUGAUUUUAGUGAAACUUGUCCUCUAUUAGAGUUAAUGUCUAAUAAAGCUAUGAAAGAAAGACAUUGGGAUCGAAUUGCUAAAAUGACUGGACAUACUUUUGAUUUGGAAUCAGAGAAUUUCACUCUAAAAGAUAUCAUGAAGGCACCAUUACUCAAAUAUAAAGAAGACAUUGAGGAUAUUUGUAUUUCUGCUGUAAAAGAAAAAGAUAUAGAAGCAAAACUAUCCCAGUGUGUUGCUGAUUGGAAUGGUCGUAUAUUAAGUUUUGCCAAUUUCAAGGCUCGAGGUGAAUUAUUAUUAAAAGGAGGGGAGACAACUGAGAUUAUAUCUCUAUUAGAAGACAGUUUGAUGAUUCUUAGUUCCUUACUAAGUAACAGAUAUAAUGCGCCGUUUAAAAAGAAAAUACAAGAAUGGGUAGCUAAAUUAUCAAACACUACAGAUAUUUUAGAAAAUUGGUUAACAACCCAGAAUCUAUGGGUAUAUUUAGAAGCUGUAUUUGUUGGUGGUGACAUUGCUAAACAACUUCCUCAGGAAGCUAAAAGAUUUCAGAAUAUAGAUAAAUCGUGGGGUAAGAUUAUGUUAAGAGCUCAUGAAGUAACUAAUGUUGUACAAUGUUGUGUUGGAGAUGAAACAUUAGGACAACUUUUACCACAUUUAUUAGAACAGUUAGAACUAUGUCAGAAAUCUCUUACUGGAUAUUUAGAAAAGAAGAGAUUGGUGUUCCCUAGAUUUUUCUUUAUUUCUGAUCCUUCGCUGUUAGAAAUUUUGGGUCAAGCCAGUGAUUCUCAUACUAUACAGGCACAUCUUACUGGUGUCUUUGAAAAUAUAAGUGAAGUCCAGUUCCAUGAAAAAGAUUAUGAUAGAAUUAUUGCAGUCGUUUCCAGAGAAGGAGAGAAAAUUCCUUUGGAGAAAGCAGUAAUUGCGAAGGGUAAUGUUGAGAUAUGGUUAGGUGAAUUAAUGGUAGAAGCUAUGAGAUCAUUACAUGGUGUAAUACGAGAUGCCUUUAGAUAUAUUGAUAGUUCUGAUUUUGAGCUGCUCAAUUUCUGUAAUAAUUAUGUAGCACAGGUUGGAUUAUUAGGUAUUCAGAUGUUAUGGACACGAGAUGCUGAAGAUGCUUUACGAUUGGCCAGAUCUGAUAAGAAGAUCAUGCCAACAACCAAUCAGAAGUUUCUAGAUCUGUUGAAUAAGUUGAUUGACCAGACGACAAGAGAUUUAACUAAGUUUGAGAGAGUCAAGUAUGAAACUCUGGUAACAAUUCAUGUUCAUCAACGAGAUAUCUUUGAUGACAUGGUCAAAAUGCAUAUUAAAACACCAAGUGAUUUUGAGUGGUUAAAACAAGCUAGAUUUUAUUUUAAAGAAGAUACAGAUCAAUGUAUAGUACAGAUUACAGAUGUAGAUUUUAUCUAUCAAAAUGAAUUUCUGGGCUGUACUGAUCGUUUGGUCAUUACACCUCUAACUGAUAGAUGUUAUAUAACCCUAGCACAAGCUUUAGGUAUGUCUAUGGGAGGUGCUCCAGCAGGACCAGCCGGUACUGGUAAAACAGAAACCACUAAAGAUAUGGGUAAAGCUCUAGGAAAAUAUGUUGUGGUAUUUAAUUGUUCUGAUCAGAUGGAUUUUAGAGGUUUAGGACGUAUUUAUAAAGGAUUAGCCCAGUCAGGAUCAUGGGGAUGUUUUGAUGAAUUUAAUCGUAUUGAACUACCAGUAUUAUCUGUAGCAGCCCAACAGAUUUAUAUUGUACUUACUGCUAAAAAAGAGCGUAAGAAAGAUUUCUUAUUCAGUGAUGGUGAUUUAGUUGAUAUGAAUCCUGAAUUUGGUAUUUUCUUGACUAUGAAUCCUGGUUAUGCUGGUCGUCAGGAAUUGCCUGAAAAUUUAAAAGUUCAGUUCCGUACUGUCAGUAUGAUGGUUCCAGAUAGACAGAUUAUUAUGAGAGUCAAACUAGCUGCCUGUGGUUUUAUAGAAAAUAUAAUAUUAGCUCAGAAAUUUUUCACCUUGUAUAAACUUUGUGAAGAACAGCUUUCAAAACAGGUUCACUAUGAUUUUGGUUUGAGAAAUAUUUUAUCAGUAUUACGUACACUUGGUGCCAACAAGAGAGCUAGACCUAACGAUACCGAAAGUACUAUUGUUAUGAGAGUCUUGAGAGAUAUGAACUUAUCUAAAUUGGUAGAUGAAGAUGAACCUCUAUUUUUAAGUUUAAUUGCUGAUUUAUUUCCUGGUAUAACAUUAGAUAGUGCUUCCUAUGCUGACCUACAGGUAGCUGUAGAUAAUCAGGUCAAUAAUCUAGGUUUAGUUAAUCAUCCAUCUUGGAAUCUGAAAGUAGUUCAGUUGUUUGAAACCCAGCGUGUACGUCAUGGUAUGAUGACAUUAGGUCCUAGUGGAGCUGGUAAAACAUGUUGUAUACAGGUAUUAAUGAGAGCUAUGACUGACUGUGGUACACCACAUCGUGAAAUGAGGAUGAACCCUAAAUCUAUCACAGCACCUCAGAUGUUUGGUCGUUUAGAUGUAGCUACUAAUGAUUGGACUGAUGGUAUUUUCUCUACUCUUUGGAGACGUACUUUGAAAUCUAAAAAAGGAGACCAUAUCUGGCUUAUUUUGGACGGUCCAGUAGAUGCUAUUUGGAUUGAGAAUUUAAAUUCUGUACUAGAUGAUAAUAAAACAUUAACUCUAGCUAAUGGUGAUCGUAUUCCCAUGGCUCCAAACUGUAAGAUUGUAUUUGAGGUGCACAAUAUUGACAACGCUUCUCCAGCUACAGUAUCUAGAAAUGGUAUGGUCUUUAUGUCUAGUUCUGCUCUGGAUUGGAGACCUAUUUUACAGGGUUGGUUAAAAUCUCGUAAUACACAAGAAGCUGAAAUAUUAAAUGUUUUCUAUGAGAAAUGCUAUGAUGAGUUUUACACUUUCGUUACCCAGAAUACAUCAGUCAAAAUGGUGGUAUUAGAAUGUAAUUUGAUUAAACAGACAUGUGAUUUAUUAGAAGGAUUGAUACCUAAAAAAGAUGAUAAAGGUUGUCUACCAGCCAAACAUCUAGAAAGAUUGUUUAUAUUUGCUAUAAUGUGGAGUUUAGGGGCAUUAUUAGAAUUAGAAGAUAGAGCUAAGUUACAAGAUUACAUGUUAAAACAUAAUAGUAAACUAGAUUAUCCAGCAAUGAGUGGAGAUGAAACUAUCUUUGAAUUUGUAGUUAAUGAUAAUGGUGAAUGGGAUCACUGGAAUAAUCGUGUAGAAGAAUAUCUCUAUCCAUCUGAUAGUGUACCAGAAUUUGCUUCUAUAUUGGUACCUAAUGUAGAUAAUGUCAGAUCUAACUUCUUACUACAUACUAUAGCUAAACAAAAUAAGGCUGUAUUAUUAAUUGGAGAACAAGGUACAGCUAAAACUGUUAUGAUUAAAGGUUAUAUGGCUUCUUAUGAUCCUGAUGUACAACUAGGAAAAUCAUUUAACUUUUCUUCAGCAUCUACACCACUCAUGUUCCAGAGAACUAUAGAAAGUUUUGUAGAGAAGAGAAUGGGUAGUACCUAUGGACCACCAGGUGGUAGGAGAAUGACUGUAUUUAUUGAUGAUGUUAAUAUGCCUAUUAUUAAUGAAUGGGGUGAUCAGGUAACCAAUGAGAUUACCAGACAAAUGAUGGAGAUGCAUGGAAUGUAUAAUGUAGAUAAACCUGGUGAUUUCUUGUCCAUUGUUGAUGUUCAGUUUAUAGCUGCCAUGAUACAUCCUGGAGGUGGUCGAAAUGAUAUACCAGAACGUCUUAAACGUCAAUUCUGUAUCUUUAAUUGUACACUACCAUCCAAUAGCUCUAUUGAUAAGAUUUUUGGUGUUAUUGGUGAAGGAUAUUUCUGUCCAUCAAGAUUUCAUCCUGAUGUUUGUGAAACUAUUCAGAUGUUAGUUCCAACUACAAGAAUACUUUGGCAACAGAUAAAGAUUAAAAUGUUACCAACCCCAGCCAAGUUUCAUUAUAUUUUCAACUUGAGAGAUUUAUCUAGGAUUUGGCAGGGAAUGCUUACCGUUGGUGGUGAGGAAUGUACAGAUGCUGCCUAUGCCCUGGCUUUAUGGAAACAUGAAUGUACUAGAUCUAUUGCUGAUAGGUUCACUAAUUAUGAAGAUAAGAAAUGGUUUGAAGAUGCUAUGAAAUCAGUGUUAAGAGCCCAGUCUAAUGAUGAUGUUGUCAGUAUAUUAGCUGAUGAACCAUACUUUGUAGAUUUCUUACGAGAUGCACCUGAGCCAACUGGUGAAGAAGCAGAUGAUGCUAAUUUCGAUGCACCUAAAAUCUAUGAAAUGAUACCAAGUUAUGAGUUUCUUAAUGAGAAGUUACUACAGUAUAUGGUACAAUAUAAUGAAAUGGUACGAGGUGGUCAAAUGGAUCUUGUAUUCUUUAAAGAUGCCAUGGUUCAUCUUGUUAAGAUAUCACGUAUUAUAAGAACACCUAGAGGAGCAGCAUUAUUAGUUGGUGUUGGUGGUUCUGGUAAACAGUCACUAACUAGACUAGCUACCUUUAUAGCUGGUUACAAAAUAUUUCAGAUUACCCUCACUAGAACAUACAAUGUGAGUAAUUUAAUGGAUGAUUUAAAAUAUCUAUAUCGUGUUGCUGGUGGAAAUGGUCAAGGUAUCACCUUCCUGUUUACUGAUAAUGAAAUUAAAGAUGAAGGAUUUCUGGAAUAUCUAAACAAUGUACUGAGUUCUGGUGAGGUGUCUAAUUUAUUUGCGAGAGAUGAAUUAGAUGAAAUAACUCAAGAAUUGAUACCAGUAAUGAAAGCUGAAUAUCCUCGUCGACCUCCAACACAGGAAACUUUAUAUGAUUAUUUUAUAUCUAGAGCUAGAAAUAAUCUUCAUACUGUACUCUGUUUCUCUCCUGUCGGAGAAAAAUUCAGAACAAGAGCAUUAAAGUUUCCAGGUUUAAUCUCAGGUUGUACUAUGGAUUGGUUUAGUAAAUGGCCCCGUGAUGCUCUUAUGGCUGUAUCAGGUCAUUUCCUCAAUAGUUUUAAGAUGGAAUGUACACCAGAUAUUAAAAAACAGAUUGUCAACACUAUGGGUGUAGUACAUGAUAAUGUAGCAUUGGUUUGUGUGGACUAUUUCCAAAGAUUCCGUCGUCAAACCCAUGUAACACCAAAAUCUUACCUGUCAUUUUUGGAUGGUUAUAAAACAGUUUAUAAACAGAAGAUAGAUGUUAUUGGUGAUCUAGCUGGUCGUAUGAAUACAGGGUUAGAUAAAUUGAUAGAAGCUACUAUAUCGGUAGAUCAACUCUCUAAAGAACUAGCUGUUAAAGAAGUUGAUUUAGAAGUUGCCAAUAAAAAAGCUGAUAAGGUAUUAGCUGAGGUAACAGUUAGUGCACAGGCUGCUGAGAAAGUUAAAGCUUCUGUACAGAAAGUGAAGGAUAGAGCCCAGAAAGUAGUCAAUGAAAUUGCAGAUGUGAAAGCAGUUGCUGAGGGUAAACUAGAGGCUGCUAAACCUGCUCUCAAAGAAGCUGAAAUGGCUCUACAGACUAUUAAACCUGGUGAUAUUUCUACAGUAAAGAAAUUAGGGAAACCACCACAUUUGAUUAUGAGAAUUAUGGAUUCAGUAUUAAUACUCUUCCAAAAGAAAUUAGAACCCAUGCAGCAAGACCCUGAAAGAGCUUGCCCAAAACCAUCAUGGAGUGAAUCAUUGAAGUUAAUGAGUAAUUCCAGUUUUCUACAUAAUCUUCAAACAUUUUCUAAAGAUACCAUUAAUGAGGAAACUGUUGAAUUAUUAAAACCCUACCUAGAUAUGGAUGAUUAUAACAUGGAAACAGCUAAAAAAGCCUGUGGUAAUGUUGCUGGUCUGUUGUCAUGGACUGUUGCCAUGUCAGUGUUUUUUGGCAUUAACAAAGAAGUACUGCCACUGAAGGCUAAUUUAGUUGCCCAGGAAGCUAGAUUAGGAGUAGCUACUAGAGAAUUGAAUGCUGCUCAAGAACAACUAGAUGAGAAACAGAGAGAGCUGGAUGUUGUACAAGCUAAGUUUGAUGCAGCUAUGAAAGAAAAACAGGAAUUAAUGGAUGAUGCUGAGUCAUGUCGAAGAAGAAUGAUUGCUGCUUCAGCUUUGAUUGGAGGACUUUCUGGAGAGAAAGUAAGAUGGACAGCUCAAAGUAAAGAAUUCAAGUCACAAAUAGAGAGAUUGGUUGGUGAUGUCUUACUUUGUACUGGAUUUUUAUCUUAUUCUGGACCAUUUAAUCAAGAAUACAGACUUAAAUUACAAAAAAAUUGGCAAAAUGAAAUGUCUGCCAGAAAAAUACCAUUUACUAAAAAUCUGAAUACAACUACCAUGUUGGUUGAUAAUGCUACAAUUGGUGAAUGGAAUAUACAAGGUUUACCUAAUGAUGAUUUAUCAAUACAGAAUGGUAUUAUAACAACUAAAGCUACCAGGUUUCCAUUACUUAUAGAUCCUCAGGGUCAGGGCAAAUCUUGGAUUAAAAAUAGAGAAAAAGAAAAUGAUUUCCAGUUGACUUCUUUAAAUCAUAAAUAUUUCCGUACCCAUCUAGAAGAUAGUUUAUCUCUAGGAAGACCUUUAUUGAUAGAAGAUGUUGAAGAAGAUCUAGAUCCAGCUCUGGAUAAUGUCCUGGAGAAAAACUUUAUUAAAUCUGGCUCUACUUAUAAGGUGAAAGUAGGAGAUAAAGAAUGUGAUGUGAUGAAAGGAUUCUAUUUAUAUAUAACAACUAAAUUACCUAAUCCAUCUUAUACACCAGAGGUUAGCGCCAAGACCUCUAUCAUAGAUUUUACUGUCACAAUGAAAGGUUUAGAAGAUCAGUUGUUAGGUCGGGUCAUUAUGACUGAGAAAAAUGAAUUGGAGGCUGAAAGAGCCAAGUUAUUAAUUGAUGUGACAGCUAAUAAACGUAAAAUGCAAGAAUUGGAAGACAAUCUAUUGUACAAACUGACCAGUACUAAGGGUUCUCUAGUAGAUGAUGAAUCUUUAAUACAAGUACUAUCAACAACUAAAGUAACAGCAGCAGAAGUCAGUGAGAAAUUAACAGUAGCUGCUGAUACUGAGAUUAAAAUUAACGAAGCUAGAGAAGAAUUUAGACCAGUGGCUAAUAGAGGAAGUAUUCUAUAUUUCUUGAUGUGUGAUAUGAGUAUGGUCGACAGAAUGUACCAAACUUCUUUAAAUCAAUUCUUGGGUAUCUUUGAUAUAUCCAUGGCAAGAUCUGAUAAGAGUCCAGUACCAGCGAAACGUAUUGCCAACAUCAUAGAAUAUCUGACAUAUGAAAGUUUUAGAUAUUCUUGCCGUGGAUUGUAUGAGGUUCAUAAAUUCUUAUUUACACUUCUCAUGGCCCUUAAAAUUGAUAUGCAACAAGGCAAAGUAAAGAAUGAAGAAUUCCAGAUCUUUAUCAAAGGUGGUGCUGCUCUGGAUUUAAAUGCUGUUACGCCUAAACCAUGUAAAUGGAUUUCUGACAUCACUUGGUUGAAUUUAGUACAACUCAGUUCACUAUCACAAUUCUCAGAGAUAUUAAAUCAGGUACCACGUAAUGAGAAAGGAUGGAGAGUCUGGUUUGAUAGUGAAGCACCAGAAGAAGAACAAAUACCAGAUGGAUACAGUUCUUCAUUAGAUCCUUAUAGAAAACUUCUCUUGAUCAGAUCAUGGGCUCCAGAUCGAACUAUAGCUCAAGCUAGAACGUAUGUAGCCAGUUCAUUAGGAGAGAAAUAUGCUGAUGCUGUGAUAUUAAAUCUUGAGUUGACUCAUCAAGAGAGUGUUGCUAGAAUACCUUUAAUCUGUUUAUUGUCCAUGGGAUCAGAUCCUACCAAUCAGAUAGAAUCAUUGGCUAAAAAACUUCAUCUUGAAUUCCGAGCUAUCUCUAUGGGACAAGGUCAAGAAGUUCAUGCUAGAAAAUUGAUUGGUCAACUUAUGCAAACAGGAGGCUGGGCAAUGUUACAGAAUUGUCAUUUAGGAUUAAACUUUAUGGAUGAAUUAUUAGAGACUCUGAUAGACACCCCUACAAUGCAUGAUGAUUUCCGAGUAUGGAUAACAACAGAACCUCAUCCAGGAUUCCCAAUUAGUCUUCUACAGAGCUCCAUCAAGUUUACCAAUGAACCACCACAAGGUAUAAAAGCUGGUUUAAAGAGAACCUAUGCUGGUAUAACACAAGAUUUUCUAGAUAUCUCUAGUAUGUCUCAAUGGAAACCACUGUUGUUUGGAGUAUCAUUUCUUCAUACAGUUGUACAGGAAAGACGUAAAUUUGGACCUCUAGGAUGGAAUAUACCAUAUGAAUUUAAUAGUUCUGAUUGGACAGCUAGUGUUCAGUUUGUACAGAAUCAUUUAGAUGAUCUGGAUCUUAAAAAGGGUAUAUCAUGGACAACAUUACGAUAUAUGUUAGGUGAAGUACAAUAUGGUGGUCGUGUUACAGAUGAUUAUGAUAAAAGAUUACUCAAUACAUUUUCUAGGGUGUGGUUUGGAGAGUUUAUGUUUGUUGAUAACUUCCAGUUUUACAUCGGUUAUAAAAUACCUAAAUGUCGUACCGUAGAGGAGUACAUGAAUUAUAUAGAGAAUAUGCAACUUGUUGAUUCACCAGAAGCUUUUGGUCUUCAUCCUAAUGCUGACAUAACAUACCAAACUAAUCUUGCCAACUCUGUAUUAGAAACUAUUAUGAGUAUACAACCUAAAGAUGCUGGUGGAGGAGGUGGGGAAUCUAGAGAAGCCACUGUUUACAAAAUGGCAACUGAUAUGUUAGAUAAACUUCCAGCAGAUUAUAAACCACAUGAGGUUAAAGAUAGACUAAAGAGGAUGGGCCUACUACAACCAUUAAAUAUUUUCUUACGACAAGAAAUAGAUAGAAUGCAGAAAGUUAUUGGUGUAGUUAGAGCUACUUUAUCUGAUUUACAAUUAGCUAUUGAUGGUACUAUUAUUAUGAGUGAGAAUUUACGAGAUGCUUUAGACAACAUGUUCGAUGCCAGAGUACCAAAUCUAUGGCGUAAGAUAUCCUGGCAGUCUUCAACUAUUGGUUUCUGGUUUACUGAAUUAUUAGAGAGGAAUGAACAGUUCAGUGCUUGGAUAUUUGUUGGCAGACCAGAUGUAUUCUGGAUGACAGGACUCUUUAAUCCUCAAGGUUUCCUUACUGCUAUGAGACAAGAAGUUACAAGAGCUCACAAAGGUUGGGCUUUAGAUUCAGUUACACUACAUAAUGAUGUAAUGAAAACUUUUAAAGAAGACAUAACUGGACCACCUGCUGAAGGGGUUUAUAUACAUGGAUUAUAUUUGGAUGGUGCUGGAUGGGAUAGACGUAACUGCCGAUUGUGUGAACCACCAGCCAAAGUUUUAUUCACAGCUGUACCAGUUGUACAUAUGUUUGCCAUCAACUCUACAUCUCCUAAAGAUCCAAGGCUCUAUUUGUGUCCUGUUUAUAAGAAGCCAAACAGAACAGAUCUGACCUAUAUCACAUUUAUUGUGAUGAAAACCAACCAAAAUCCUGAUCAUUGGAUUUUAAGAGGAGUGGCUGCCUUGUGUGACAUCAAAUAGAUGUCUUAACUCGAUGCUUUUUAAAAAACAAAUUAUUCACGUUAUUUAUUCUUUUCUUUUACUGUGAUAUGCAAACUUCCAUCCAAAAUUUUGAAUCAAAAUUCUAAAAUAAUAGCUGCACAAGUUUAUGUAGUAUAUUAGAUCGAUAAUUUCAUUCAUUGCAGUUGCGGUGAUGUUUUUAUGGAAGAUUUAAACAUGAUACAGUUGAUUGACAUAUGUCUCAGACCAGAUUUCUCAGUUUUAACUGCCCCUAUUAUUUUAAAUUGUUAUGAAGUAUAUUUUACAUUUGUUACAGAAUAAACUAUUAUGUUAGAUAUA